AUGGAGGAUGGCGAGUUGGUAAUUCGUUUACCAGGGCGAUCUGACUCCCCCGUGGGCAACAGGAGUUUCGGUGCUUGCGGUGGAUUUGGUGAGACGCUGGUAUUGCGGCACAAAGAGGUUCACAACUUCUUCUUCGUCCCCUUUAGGGAGCAGCCCAUCUACAGCACCCGGGCCCAUGUCUUCCAGAUUGAUCCCAACACUAAGAAGAACUGGCUGCCGACCAGCAAGCAUGCGGUCACUGUCUCCUACUUCUACGACAGUACGCGCAAUGUUUACCGCAUCAUCAGCCUGGAUGGCACCAAGGCAAUAAUCAACAGCACCAUCAGUCCCAACAUGACGUUCACAAAGACCUCACAGAAGUUUGGCCAAUGGGCGGACAGUCGAGCUAACACUGUGUACGGCCUGGGAUUCUCCACUGAGCAUCAUCUAGCCAAGUUUGCAGAGAAGUUUGCAGAGUAUAAAGAAGCAGCACGGCUUGCUAAAGAGAAAAGUCAAGAAAAGAUGGAGAUGGCCACGUCUCCUUCUCAGGAAUCUCCAGGAGGUGAGCUCUCGUCACCUUUGACCCCGGUGACUCCGCCCAUGGAAAACAUCAAUGGCACAGAUGAAAUAUGUGACACGACUCCCAAUUCAGACACCCUUCCAGGGCCAGCGCAGAACGCACUGGCCUUCGCACACAGCCCCGCCAUGACAAAACACUGGGAGGCUGAGCUGGAGGCACUAAAGGGGAACAAUGCCAAACUAACGGCAGCUCUUCUGGAGUCCACAGCCAACGUGAAACAGUGGAAACAGCAACUGGCUGCCUACCAGGAGGAGGCCGAGAGACUACACAAACGGGUGACGGAGCUCGAGUGCCAGAGCAACCAAACCCCGGUCAUCAAAUCCCAGAAGACUGAACUCAACCAAACCAUAGAGGAACUGGAGAAUACACUAAGGGAUAAAGAAGAGGAAAUGGAAAAGUUGAAAGAGGAACUGGAAAACAUGAAUGACCUGAUGGAACAGAAAGACACCCUUACCCAGAAACUUGAGGAGACGGAGCUCCGCAGCCGGGUGCUGGAGGAGCAGCUGGCGGGGGCCGAGCAGCGGCUGGAGGAGAACCAGGAGGAGCAGGAGAAUUUCAGAAAGAGCCUGCGGACGCUGCUGGAGCUGCUGGACGGCAAGAUCUUUGAGCUGACGGAGCUCAGAGACACCCUGGCUCGGCUCAUAGAGGAAGCCAGCUAG